GGCCCGACUCGGGGCUCGAACUCAGGAACUGCGAGAUCAUGACCUGAGCUGAAGUCGGACGCUCAACUGACUGAGUCCCCCAGGCGCCCCCAGGCUAUGUGUCUUUUGCCAUGCAGAAUAGCAUCUGUGCAAAGAACUGUGGCUGUGGGGGGUUUGAAGGGCGAGUAACAGGUGGAGCAUGGGGUUUUUGGGCAGAGAGACUAUUCUGUAUGAUAGGAUAGUGGUCCCAUUUCACUGCGUAUCUGUAACAUCCCCCAGAGUAUUGAGACAAGAGCCAACUCUAACGUAAGCCACGGGCUUGAGUUGAUAACAUGUCGCUAUGGGGUAAUCAAUUGCGGCGGAUGUGCCCCACAAAUGUAAGAGUAACGGGCUGUGGGGAAGUGAUGGGUCUACAGGAGCUCCUGUACUUUCUGCUCACUUUUUUUAUUUGCAAACAUGAGACUGCUCAAAGAAAAUGACACCUAUGUAAAAAGAAAAGACCUUCACGUGGGCCAGAAUCAGGUCCCAGGGCCACUGCCAGCUACAGAGGAGCCUGGGAGAGCAGAGGACACAGUCCUUAGCAAAUAGUGGCAGGGUUUGGACAACAGGGAAGAUGAAGGCUGCCCCGAGGUGACCGGACCCCUGGUCUUCCCCUGCAGGCUGGCCACCAUGUGGGCUGGUCAGUGCACGGCACACACACCCAGCCAGGUGCCAUGGCCCCAGCCAAAGGCUGGCUGAGCGUCACAGCCUCACCCCUGGACCUUGCAGCAAGCCAGCAGUGCAGGACUGGGACGGACUGCCAGGCAUCCACCAGACCCGACCCCGUGAGGCUUCCCUGCAGGCAGCUGGCACCUCCCACCCCUGUUGCCCCAUUCACUCCUGUCCAGCCUGAGCAGGCACACCCCUCUCCCUGGAAACAAAGGAGAGCGGGAAACGAGGUGUCAUCUUACUGACUCUGUUUGUCAAGUCUGACAACAUGCAAUAGACGGUGAAGGUGAGGCCGCUGACUGGGUUGCUGGCGUCUGUGGGAAGCAUUUCAGUCCUGGGGGUUCAGUCAUCUGAGCCCUAAACUGCAUACUAUGAAGCAAGAGUGUGGUAAUCACUCGACGUGUUCUAGAUUAGUGCACGGGAAGAGCUCCUGGGCCAUGCACUUAGCACGCACCUGCUACGCUGGCGCACUAGCCUCAUCUCUAGGGUCUCGGUUUACAUCAAUGUGGAGUCAAGGAAAAUAGAGUUGGGCAUGAAGACAUUAACCCAAAACUAAUGGGAUGCCCAGCCUCCGGCUCCUGGAGACUGGAUCUGUCACUCUGUAGGACACAAGCCAGAGGGAAUGCGCUGAUCAGAGGGAAGGAGGUGUGGGGGAUGUGUGCUCAAAGAAGAAAGAGUGGCAGUCAAGAGCGAACAUACACACUCACAACUCAGAUCUGGGUGGCAGUGUGACCUCAGAGAUGCCGAGGUGGGAUUGUGGAGAUCAAGUUCAUCUGCUCAGAGCCCAGGUCUGCUUUCACCCUGGGUGUGUUUCAGGGAAGAUCCCAGACCACGCAUCUGGGCUCUGUCUCUUUGGGCCUACCCCUUCCCUGCCCCCUGCCUCUGUGGGCCUCCCCCCCACCCCACUGCCUCUGCGAGCCUCCUUCAUUUCUGCAUGGCUCUUCCGUCUCUGGGGGCCUCCAUCUGCCAGCCUCUGCUGGGACACAACUAGGACUAAGGGGGCAGUGGCUCCACACACCAGAGAAGCCUGGGGCUAAAGCUGUCACAGGUCCCCAACCGGCCACUGGAGGAGAUGCGGUAUGUGCCCCACAGUCUCCAGGAGUCCCUGGCAAGCCCCGGGGUGCCCAUGUGGCUUCCUGCCCUUUCCCCGUCCCUGCUGGUGCCAUGUGGGGUCACCUCUCAGUAAACUAUUUGCAGGGAAAUCCCUGUCUCGGGUGGGCUUCUUGGGGAGGGUACGCAGGAGCAGGGACAGAGACCCCAAGUGGGGCUGGGGUCUCAGCAUCUGGCAGCAGGUGUACAGGGGGCUGGGCCCACAGGGAACUGGAUGGCGGCCGGCAGCCAGCACAGCCCCAGGCUGGGCCAGAUUCUUCCCCAACCUGUGGCUGACUCAGGGCCUGGGGAGGGGCCUGAGCCCCCUCAGCUUGUCUGGCUUGUUGGCUUGCGUGGCUCCUCUGAGUCAGGCCAGGGUCCAUGAAAUACGUUUCCUUCCUGCUGUGCGGAGGCGGGCGGGCGACAGGAGUCGCUCCCCACAGGCUCCCUUAUCAGCUCAGCCUUGGCAUGGGGGCCAAGGUCUGGCCCAUCUGGUGAUAGGGAGAGCCCGGGGGAGGGAGAGAAGGUGUCUGCUGCACACCCGGGGCUCCCGCUGACACUCUGCCCCUGUAGGGACAGUAGAGAGGGGGACGAGAUGGGAGAGCCGGGCAGGCAGAGGAGGGCUGUGGCUGUCACAUCUGGGACCUCUAGGACUGUCAGACCCCUCGGGAGAUGGUCUGCCCCCUCCACCCAGAGGGGGCUUUGUCACUGGUCACUCCACCCAUAACAGUCCCCUCUGUUAUCAGGCUGUUAAUAUUAAUUAACUGUUGCUAAGCUUGACAGUGCAAAGGUGUGUCCCAGCCGGAGCUGGCUGGCUCCCAGGAGGGGGCUGAGAGAGAGGGGCUCUGGGCUGGGCUGGGUGAGGGGGGGCAGGCUGUGGCGAGCAGGGGUUCUGGGGGCCAGUCCUUGCUUUGGGAAGCGGAUGAAGGGGAGACCCCAGCGCCUCCCCGGGAGGCUCGUGGAGAGGGUGGGACUCAGGUGGGAGGGCAGGAGAAGGUGGAUCAUUAACCAGCUGGGAGCUGUGGGGCUCAGCCCCAUUGGUCCCCGACCAGUCAGGUCAGGCCCUCCCCAAUGGGGACGCUGCCUUGCUGAGCACCCCCGGGUUAAGUGUAUGUGCUGCCUGGACCGGCACUGUGUGUCCCCAGGAGCCAGCCCUCAGCUGUCCCCGUGGCCUGGCCCCUCUCCCCUAGACGCCUUCCCAGAACCACGAUGGCGGAGGCCGGACUGAGGGGCUGGCUGCUAUGGGCCCUGCUCCUGCACUCGGCCCGGGCCGAGCUGUACACACCCAUCCACCGGUCUGGCUACUGCGCCUUCUACGACGAGUGUGGCAAGAACCCAGAGCUGUCCGGAGGCCUGGCUCCCCUGGCCAACGUGUCCUGCCUGUCCAACACACCCGCCCGCCUCCUGGCCGGCGAGCACCUGGCCCUCCUGCGGCGCAUCUGCCCCCGCCUGUACGCUGGCCCCGACACCACCUACGCUUGCUGCUCCGCCAAGCAGCUGGUGUCCCUGGAGGCGAGCCUGGCGGUCACCAAGGCGCUCCUCGCACGCUGCCCCGCCUGCACCGACAACUUCGUGAGCCUGCACUGCCACAACACCUGCAGCCCCAACCAGAGCCUGUUCGUCAACGUGACGCGUGUGGCCCGGCGCGGGGACGGCCGGCCGCCGGCUGUAGUGGCCUACGAGGCCUUCUACCAGAGCAGCUUCGCCAGGCGGACCUACGACUCAUGCAGCCGGGUGCGUGUCCCUGCGGCGGCCACGCUGGCUGUGGGCACCAUGUGUGGCGUUUAUGGCUCCGCCCUCUGCAACGCUCAGCGCUGGCUCAACUUCCAGGGGGACACAGGAAAUGGCCUGGCCCCCCUGGACAUCACCUUCUACCUCUUGGAGCCUGGUCAGACGCCGGGGAGUGGGGUGCAGCUUCUGAACGGGGAGGUGGCACCGUGCAACGAGUCCCAGGCAGACGGCGCAGCCGCCUGCUCCUGCCAAGACUGCGCCGCCUCGUGCCCCGCGAUCGCCCGGCCCCAGGCCCUGGACGCCACCUUCUACAUGGGCCGGAUGGCAGGCGGGCUGGCCCUCAUCAUCACCCUCUGUUCGGCCUUUGCUGUACUUACCGCCUUCCUGGUGGGGCCCCGCCUGGCCUCCCGCUGGGGCAAGGGCAAGAUGCGGGACCCCACGGUGGGCACCAGCCUCUCCGACAAACUGAGCCUGUCCACGCAUAGCCUCCUCAGCCGGUGCUUCCAGGGCUGGGGCACGUGGGUGGCCUCGUGGCCGUUGAGCAUCCUGCUGGUGUCCAUCGCCGUGGUGGUGGCCUUUUCAGGAGGCCUGGCCUUCAUGGAGCUGACCACGGACCCCGUGGAGCUGUGGUCGGCCCCCAGCAGCCAGGCCCGGAGAGAGAAGGAGUUUCAUGACCAGCAUUUCGGCCCCUUCUUGCGGACCAACCAGGUGAUCCUGACGGCACCCACACGGCCUGGCUCCAGCUACAACUCCCUGCUGCUGGGGCCCAAGAACUUCAGUGGGGUUCUGGCCCCCGACGUCCUGCUGGAGGUGCUGGAGCUGCAGGAGACGCUGCGACACCUGCAGGUGUGGUCACCCGAGGAGCAGCGCAAUGUGUCGCUGCAGGACGUGUGCUUCGCGCCCCUCAACCCACACAACACCAGCCUCUCCGACUGUUGCGUCAACAGCCUCUUGCAGUAUUUCCAGAACAAUCGCACGCGCCUGCUGCUCACGGCCAACCAGACGCUGACCGGGCAGACCUCUCAAGUGGACUGGAGGGACCACUUUCUCUACUGUGCUAAUGCCCCUCUCACCUUCAAGGACGGCACAGCCCUAGCCCUGAGCUGCAUGGCUGACUACGGGGGCCCUGUCUUCCCUUUUCUUGCUGUGGGGGGCUACAGAGGGAAAGACUACUCUGAGGCAGAGGCCCUGAUCAUGACCUUCUCCCUUAACAACUACGCCCCUCGGGACUCCCGGCUGGCACAGGCAAAGCUCUGGGAGGGGGCCUUCUUGGAGACGAUGAGAGCUUUCCAGCAGCGGACAGCCGGCAGGUUCCAGGUCACAUUCAUGGCGGAGCGCUCCCUGGAGGACGAGAUCAAUCGCACCACGGCCCAGGACCUGCCGGUCUUCGGGGUCAGCUACAUUGUCAUCUUCCUGUACAUCUCCCUGGCCCUGGGCAGCUACUCCAGCUGGCGCCGGGUGGCGGUGGAUGCCAAGGCCACGCUGGGCCUGGGCGGCGUGGCCGUGGUGCUGGGAGCAGUCACUGCAGCCAUGGGCUGCUUCUCGUACCUGGGCGUCCCCUCCUCCCUGGUGAUCCUGCAGGUGGUGCCUUUCUUGGUGCUGGCCGUGGGUGCUGACAACAUCUUUAUCCUAGUGCUCGAGUACCAGAGGCUGCCGCGGAGGCCUGGAGAGCGGCGAGAGGACCACAUCGGCCGCGCACUGGGCAGGGUGGCCCCCAGCAUGCUGCUCUGCAGCCUGUCUGAGGCCAUCUGCUUCUUUCUCGGGGCCCUGACCCCCAUGCCAGCGGUGAGGACCUUCGCCCUGACCUCCGGCUUGGCUGUCAUCCUGGACUUUCUGCUGCAGGUGUCAGCCUUCGUGGCCCUGCUGUCCCUGGACAGUAGGCGGCAGGAGGCCUCCAGGAUGGAUGUGUGCUGCUGUGCUGGCGCUCGGGAGCUGCCCCCCCCGGGCCAAAGCGAGGGGCUCCUGCUGCGAUUCUUCCGCAAGGUCUACGUCCCACUCCUGCUGCACCGGGUCACACGUGUGGUUGUGCUGCUGCUGUUCACGGGCCUGUUUGGAGCCGGGCUGUACCUCAUGUGCCAGGCCAGUGUGGGGCUGGAUCAGGAGCUGGCCCUUCCCAAGGACUCCUACCUGCUCGACUAUUUCCUCUUUCUGAACCGCUACUUUGAGGUGGGGGCUCCAGUCUACUUCGUCACCACUGGAGGCUACAACUUCUCCAGCGAGGCGGGAAUGAAUGCCAUUUGCUCGAGCGCAGGAUGCGACAGCUUCUCCUUAACCCAGAAGAUACAGUUCGCCACUGAGUUCCCCGACGAGUCUUACCUGGCCAUCCCUGCCUCUUCCUGGGUGGAUGACUUCAUUGACUGGCUGACCCCGUCCUCUUGCUGCCGCCUGUAUGCCUUUGGUGCCAACAAAGACAAAUUCUGCCCCUCGACUGUUAACUCCCUGGCCUGCUUGAAGAGCUGUGUGAACUUCACUCUGGGCCCCGUCCGGCCAUCAGUGGACCAGUUCCACAAAUACCUGCCCUGGUUCCUGGAGGACCCACCCAACAUCAAGUGUCCCAAAGGUGGACUGGCAGCGUAUAGCACCUCUGUGGAUUUGGGACCUGGUAACCAAGUUUUAGCCUCGAGGUUCAUGGCCUACCACAAGCCGCUGCGGAACUCACAGGAUUACACGGAGGCCCUGCGGGCGGCACGCGCACUGGCGGCCAACAUCACCGCCCACCUGCGGCAGGUGCCGGGCACUGAUCCGGCCUUCGAGGUCUUCCCCUACACGAUCACCAACGUGUUCUACGAGCAGUACCUGACGGUGGUCCCCGAAGGCCUCUUCAUGCUUGCCAUGUGCCUGCUGCCCACGUUCGCUGUCUGCUGCCUGCUGCUGGGCAUGGACCUGCGCUCCGGCCUCCUCAACCUGUUCUCCAUCAUCAUGAUCCUCGUGGACACCGUGGGCUUCAUGGCCCUGUGGGGCAUCAGCUACAACGCCGUGUCCCUCAUCAACCUGGUCACGGCGGUGGGCAUCUCCGUGGAGUUUGUGUCCCACAUCACCCGCGCCUUUGCCAUCAGCACCCGGCUCACCCGGCUAGAGAGGGCCAAGGAGGCCACGAUCUUCAUGGGCAGCGCGGUGUUCGCGGGCGUGGCCAUGACCAACCUGCCGGGCAUCCUCGUCCUGGGCCUGGCCAAGGCGCAGCUCAUCCAGAUCUUCUUCUUCCGCCUCAACCUCCUCAUCACCCUGCUGGGCCUGUUGCACGGCCUGGUCUUCCUGCCAGUGGUCCUCAGCUUCGUGGGGCCCGAUGUCAAUGUGGCUCUAGUGCUGGAGCAGAAGAUGGAGGAGGCCGCCAGGGCCAGGGUGGCCUCCUGCCCGACCCACCAGGCCCCGACAUCCACAGCCAGCAGCACCUACAUCAACCAUGGCUUUGAACAUCCUGCCAAGAGCAUGGGUGGUGCUGUCGGUUCUCUGUCCCGCGGUGGGCAGGAGUUCUGAGGAGGCCGGAGCUCCUGUCCUGGCUCACCAGCCCUGACCCCUGGGGCUGUGCAGCUUCCCUAAUGGGGGUCCCUUCACCCGUCCUCCCACUCAGGGCCUAGGAGAGGCAGUGGCCAUGGGAGUGCCCGAGGCGGGUGGUUGGUCUCUGGCCACCAGGUGGGACCCAGGAGGACAAGAUUAGGAUGAAGGAGGCAUGUGGCAGCAUGGGUGUGGUCUGUUCCUGUCUCUUGAAGUUGACGUAUGUCUUCCCGGAGCAGGUUUUUACACUCUAAUUCCGUGUCUAUAUGUGAACAGAGAUAGAGUAUCAUUCCACGUUUAAACGUCUGCCGUAAAUGACUUGACACAUCCCUUCACUAGCUUCCCCCAUGCCCCAUGCAUUUUGCAUUUAUUCACGUUGGUCCCUGUGGGCCAGUCACUGCGACUGCCCUGGAUUAUUCCAUUGCAUGAAUGAGCACGAUUGCUUUAUUUUUAAAGGUUUCAUUUCUAAUCCCUCCACCCACUGUGGGGCUCGAACUCACAACCCUGAGAUCAAGAGUCAGGUGCUCCACCGACGGAGCCGGCCUGGCCCCACGAACACCAUGAUUCUGUCUGUUCCCUGCUGGUGGGCAGAUUGGUCCCAGUUGUUUUCCAGUACAGCGCCAAUCACUUCUGUGGAAUCUCCAAAUCCCCAAAUCUCUGAAAACUGCGUUUGUUUUUCUCUUGUACAUUUGGGACAAUCUCAUUGGACCAGAUGAGAGGUGUUUAUUUACACCUUUACGACUGGGGUCCUUACGCCCUUUGUCUCCUUGAUGUGAGCAGUCAGAUAUUUUGGCACGUUUGUGACUUUGUGUGCUGUGUGCGGCCCCGGGCCCUGAUGGGGGAUAAUAUCUAAGGCAGCGUAAGCAUCAAAUUACUUUCCUAAAAACCUUCUAAAUUCUGAAAUUCAUCACACCAAGGGGAUCUCAGAUGCAGAAGAUGAAACUCUGUGAGGCUGAGCAGGCAUUGAUGUGUCUGUAGGUGUGGGAGAGCUGCCUGGAGGCAGUGUCGCCGAGGGACUGCAGGGGACCCACAGCUGCCUCUGGAAAGCGCUGCCCUAUUCACACCCCACCCGCUGGCCUCGGUGAGGGGCCUCCCUCCCCGUACCAACAACACUGUAUGUCCACUUGCUCUUUGGGGGAAAGGGUAGCAUUGUGGGUGAUAAUCAUUUUUAAAUACAUUUUUCAAAAGAAACCUAUUUACAAUUUUAGAAUAGUUUUAGAUUUACAGGAAAAUUACAAAGAUAGUACAGAAAGUUCCUGCAUACUUCACGUCCAGUUUACCCUAUCAAUAUAUUAGUAUGGUACAUUUGUCAAUAUACAAUUAAUAAACCAGUAUUGAUAAUUACUA